GAGUCGAACGACAAAAGCCGCGGAGGGGCCGCUGGACUCCCAGCUUUCGGAAGGGCGGGGCGAAAGGGAGAGGCGGCCCGGAGCCCGGCGGAGGAGGCCGGCAACGCCGGCCGUGGGCGGUGCCACCCGCGUCGUCCAGUCUCCUUCCUGCCCGCGCAGGCCGAGGCGCGCCCGCAAAACGCUCCGGCAGCCCUCCGCUGCCGGCUCCCUGGUUCCUGGGCCGCCGGGCGGGACGUGGUUGGCGGCGACACCGGAGGGGGAAGGGUCAGGAAGUGGGGGCGCGGCGGCCGGGAGCGGUCUUGGGGCUGCUGAGGGGUUCGCGACGCGGAGGGCCAGAGACUCCGGGCCGCGCGGGACCCGGAGGGGAGCCCGGGCCUCCGCGGAGACGAUGGCUGAGGAAGAAGGACCAACAGUAGAACUGCGCCAAAGAAAAAAGCUGAAGUCUUCAGAAAAUAAGGAAUCUGUCAAAGAAGAGAAAAUCAGUGACACUCCAAUUCCUGAAAGAGCUCCAAAACAUGUAUUAUUUCAGCGCUUUGCAAAGAUUUUCAUUGGCUGUCUUGCAGCAGUUACUAGUGGUAUGAUGUAUGCUCUCUAUUUAUCAGCAUACCAUGAACGGAAAUUCUGGUUUUCCAACAGGCAGGAGCUUGAACGAGAAAUCACAUUUCAAGGUGACAGUGCCAUUUAUUACUCUUUUUAUAAAGAUAUGUUAAAAGCACCCUCAUUUGAAAGAGGUGUUUAUGAAUUGACACACAAUAACAAAACUGUAUCUCUGAAGACUAUAAAUGCAGUGCAGCAAAUGUCUCUAUAUCCAGAACUUAUCGCCAGUGUUUUAUAUCAAGCAACUGGUAGCAAUGAGAUUAUUGAGCCAGUAUAUUUCUACAUUGGCAUUGUUUUUGGAUUGCAAGGAAUAUAUGUUACUGCUUUAUUUGUUACAAGUUGGCUUAUGAGUGGAACAUGGCUAGCAGGAAUGCUUACUGUUGCAUGGUUCAUUAUUAACAGGGUAGAUACAACAAGAAUUGAAUACUCCAUUCCUUUAAGAGAAAACUGGGCACUACCAUAUUUCGCAUGCCAAAUUGCUGCACUUACAGGCUAUUUAAAAAGCAACUUAAAUACUUAUGGAGAGAGGUUUUGCUACUUGUUGAUGAGUGCUUCAACUUACACAUUUAUGAUGAUGUGGGAGUACAGCCACUAUCUCUUAUUUCUUCAAGCAAUAUCUCUGUUCUUGCUAGAUAGUUUUUCACUGGAGCAAAGUGACAAGGUUCAUGAAGUUUAUAAAAUCUAUAUAUUUUCUCUCUUUCUGGGAUAUUUACUGCAGUUUGAGAAUUCAGCUUUAUUGGUGUCUCCUUUAUUAAGUUUAGUAGUGGCCUUAAUACUUGCUAAGUGCCUUCAGCUGAAUGUGAAGAAAGGAACUUGUAUAGCUAAAAUAAUGAAAGUGAUUAAUUUUUACUUGGUGUGUACUCUGACAGUGACACUGAAUAUUAUAAUGAAGAUGUUUGUCCCACACAAAGAAAAUGGGCACAUGCUGAAAUUCCUUGAAGUAAAAUUUGGACUAAAUAUGACUAAGAAUUUUACAAUGAAUUGGCUCCUAUGUCAAGAAUCCCUGCAGGCACCAUCUCAAGAUUUUUUUUUGCGAUUGACACAGUCUUCUUUAUUACCUUUCUAUAUUUUAGUGUUAAUUAUUUGUUUUCUUUCUAUGAUGCAAGUUAUUUUUAGGAGAAUUAAAAUUUCUAGAUCCAUUCUCUUGUUAUCAACGUGUAAAAUAUCAGGCAAGUCCUUGAAAGAAACUAUUACUCUUGAAGAUGGACGAAUUGGAGGAAGGCCAGAAAUAAUUUAUCAUGUGAUUCACACUAUUUUAUUGGGCUCUCUUGCAAUGGUUAUAGAAGGCUUGAAAUACCUCUGGACUCCUUAUGUAUGUAUGUUAGCAGCAUUUGGUGUAUGUUCUCCUGAACUUUGGGUGACACUUUUCAAGUGGCUUCGAUUACGAACUGUACACCCCGUGUUGUUGGCUCUUAUUCUGAGUAUGGCUGUUCCCACUAUAAUAGGUCUCAGCUUAUGGAAAGAGUUUUUUCCAAGAUUAAUGACAGAAUUAAUGGAACUGCAAGAAUUUUAUGACCCGGACACAGUGGAACUUAUGACCUGGAUAAAAAGGCAAGCUCCAGUUGCAGCUGUGUUUGCUGGGAGUCCACAGUUAAUGGGUGUGAUUAAAUUAUGCACUGGAUGGAUGGUGACCAGCUUGCCUCUUUACAAUGAUGAUGAUCUUCUCAAGAGAAAUGAAAACAUCUAUCAAAUCUAUUCAAAGCGAUCUGCUGAGGAUAUUUAUAAAAUACUGACAUCCUACAAGGCUAAUUACCUAAUUGUAGAGGAUGCUAUCUGCAAUGAGGUGGGAACCAUGAGAGGCUGUAGGGUGAAAGAUUUAUUAGACAUUGCAAAUGGCCAUGUGGUUUGUGAAGAAGGUGACAAGUUAACCUACUCAAAAUAUGGGCGAUUUUGUCAUGAGGUCAAAAUUAACUAUUCUCCAUAUGUGAAUUAUUUCACUAGAGUAUACUGGAACAGAUCCUACUUUGUAUAUAAAAUCAACACUGUGAUAUCCUUUCAGUCUUGAAAGAUAGCAGAGCCUUCAUUUCAAAGACUUCCAUCACUUGAAAUAAAAUGUGAUUUUCUUCU